GAGUGAUUGGUCACCGUUACAGGCUUUCACGUAGCACUCGCAGAUUGUGCCACCAACACCGCUGCUGGUAUUCGCAUUGCCACAGCAUCUUUCAGCGCGUGUCAACGAUCGCAGUCGGAUCUCACAGUCAUUCGCCACGGAGCGAUUUUGAUUCGGCGUUCGGGCAUCUGCAAUAGAUUUCGAUCGGGAGGCGAAUCGGAUCAUCUCUCAUUAUGCGCUAUUUUUUUUUGUUCAGCUGGACUUGAAACGGAGGGGGCGGGGAACGUUUGGGCAGCCGGUUGGUAGGUAGGUGAGUUCAUAGGUAGGUUGGUAAGUAGGUAGGUUUAAGUGUAGGCGCUUUCUAAGGUCCACUCGUUCGCGAAUUAAUCCAGUGAAUAAUCACCGCCACGGGGGAGACAAAGGCGGCCGGGUCGUGCCUGGUGGUUUGCUUCCCGCCCACCCAUCCGACUCUCUCCCGUUUGUGCCACGGUACCAGCGCCUUCAUAGGUGCUGCUGCUGCUGCUGCCACUCGCUACUCACAGCCACUUGCCCCGACAGUCUGUUAGAGGCUACACGGGGGAGCUUUGUCUGUGUAUAGGCGCUGCUGCUACUCGCUAGUAACAGCACUUGCCCCGACAGCCUGUUAGAGGCUACACGGGGGAUCUUUGUCUGUAUAUAAGCGGUGCUACUCGCUACUCACUGCCACUUGCCCCGACAGUGUGUUAGAGGCUACACGGGGGAUCUUUUUCUGUGUAUGGGCGCUGCUGCUACUCGCUAGUAACAGCCACUUGCCCCGACAGCCUGUUAGAGGCUACACGGGGGAUCUUUGUCUGUGUAUAGGCGCUGCUGCUACUCGCUAGUAACAGCACUUGCCCCGACAGCCUGUUAGAGGCUACACGGGGGAUCUUUGUCUGUAUAUAGGCGCUGCUGCUACUCGCUACUCACUGCCACUUGCCCCGAAAGUGUGUUAGAGGCUACACGGGGGAUCUUUGUCUGUGUAUGGGCGCUGCUGCUACUCGCUAGUAACAGCACUUGCCCCGACAGCCUGUUAGAGGCUACACGGGGGACCUUUGUCUGUGUAUGGGCGCUGCUGCUACUCGCUAGUAACAGCACUUGCCCCGACAGUCUGUUAGAGGCUACACGGGGGAGCUUUGUCUGUGUAUAGGCGCUGCUGCUACCCGCUAGUAACAGCACUUGCCCCGACAGCCUGUUAGAGGCUACACGGGGGAUCUUUGUCUGUAUAUAGGCGCUGCUGCUACUCGCUACUCACUGCCACUUGCCCCGACAGUGUGUUAGAGGCUACACGGGGGAUCUUUGUCUGUGUAUAGGCGCUGCUGCUACUCGCUACUCACUGCCACUUGCCCCAGCAGUCUGCUAGAGGCUACACGGGGGAUCUUUGUCUGUGUAUGGGCGCUGCUGCUACUCGCUAGUAACAGCACUUGCCCCGACAGUCUGUUAGAGGCUACACGGGGGAUCUUUGUCUGUGUAUGGGCGCUGCUGCUACUCGCUACUCACAGCCACUUGCCCCAACAGUCUGUUAGAGGCUACACGGGGGACCUUUGUCUGUGUAUAGGCGCUGCUGCUACUCGCUAGUAACAGCACUUGCCCCGACAGUCUGUUAGAGGCUACACGGGGAUCUUUGUCUGUGUAUGGGCGCUGCUGCUACUCACUAGUAACAGCACUUGCCCCGACAGUCUGUUAGAGGCUACACGGGGAUCUUUGUCUGUGUAUGGGCGCUGCUGCUACUCGCUAGUAACAGCACUUGCCCCAGCAGUCUGUUAGAGGCUACACGGGGGAUCUUUGUCUGUGUAUAGGCGCUGCUGAUACGCGCUACUCGCAGCUACUUGCCCCGACAGCCUGUUAGAGGCUACUCGGGGGACCUUUGUCUUUCUAGUGAUCGUUAUCGGCAGGUAGGAGGCGCGGAUGAUAUUUUUCCCGAGCCUCUGAAACUUUUAUCGUUAAGAGUCGCUCACUGAACAGCGAGCGGUCGUGUUUAACUCACACGCGUGAACAGACACAUAUAGAUAAACGCAACUCUAUAUUAACGUGAAUACGAUGGGGAAAAAAUCUAAAGAUCUCAACGGAGUCGGUGGCGACAACUUGGCCUACGUCCAAGAUGAAGAGAAAGGAAAGGCCUCCGGGGCGACAUCCCAGGUCGCUUCCGAUGCCCCGGACGCACUGCCGGAUCGCGGGACGUGGAACUCCAAGGCGGAGUACCUCCUCUCCAUGGUGGGGUACGCGGUGGGGCUGGGCAAUGUGUGGCGCUUCCCCUACCUGGCCUACAAGAACGGAGGAGGUGCGUUCCUCAUCCCCUACACGGUGAUGCUCGCCUUCGCGGGCCUGCCGCUCUUCUUCCUCGAGUGCGCCUACGGGCAGUUCGCCAGUAUGGGACCCAUCACCAUCUGGAAGUCGGUGCCCAUCGUGAAAGGCGUGGGCUGGACAAUGGUGAUCACCUCGGCCCUGGUCGGCAUCUACUACAACUGCAUCAUCGCCUACAGCCUCUUCUAUCUCUUCGCAAGCUUCACCUCCGAGCUGCCGUGGGCAAAGUGCCGGGAGUGGUGGGGAGCCGACGAACAGUGCUUCGCGCGUGAAAAGUGCAACAUCACCCCGGCCAACUGCAGCGCUGCCAACAACAGCAACGCGUCCCAGUCGCCCAGCGAGCAGUACUGGAAUAAGUACGCCCUGCAACGCUCCCCGUCCAUGGACGAGACGGGCCCCGUGGUGUGGCACCUCGCCCUUACCCUACUCCUCGCCUGGAUCAUCGUCGGGGGCGCCCUCAUUAAGGGCAUUCGCUCAUCCGGCAAGGUGGUCUACUUCACGGCCACGUUCCCCUACGUGGUGCUGCUCAUCCUUCUGGUGCGCGGGGUCACUCUGCCCGGCGCCAUGCUGGGCAUCGAGUUCUACAUCGGGGCCGAGUCCGACUUGUCCAAGCUGCAAUCGGCGGAGGUGUGGAAGGACGCGGCCACACAGAUUUUCUUCUCGCUCUCUACGGCAUGGGGCGGCCUCAUCGCGCUCACCUCCUACAACAAGUUCCACAACAACUGCUUCCAGGACGCGCUGGUCGUCACCAUCACCAACUGCGCCACGAGCGUCUUCGCCGGCUUCGUCAUCUUCAGCAUCCUGGGCCACAUGGCGCACACCACGGGGAGGCACGUGUCACAGGUGGCCGACGCAGGCUUUGCACUCGCCUUCAUUGCGUACCCCGAGGCGCUGGCCCAGCUUCCCAUCUCCCCUCUGUGGUCCAUCCUCUUCUUCCUCAUGCUGCUUACGCUGGGCCUGGACAGCCAGUUCACCAUCCUCGAGACGGUGACCACCGCUCUUCUGGACGAGUUCCCCAAAUUGUUUGGCAAGCGGCGGCUCCAACUCCUCUUCUCACUCUGCAUCAUCCUCUUCCUGCUCGGUCUCACCUGCACCACUCAGGCUGGCAUCUACUGGGUGAAUCUGAUCGACCACUUCUGCAGCGGAUGGGCUCUGCUGGUCGCCGCUAUCUUGGAGCUCAUUGGCAUCAACUGGAUCUACGGAGGGAAUCGAUUCAUCAGCGACAUCGAGAUGAUGAUCGGCAAGAAGUCGUUCCUCUUCUGGCUCUGGUGGCGCGCCUGCUGGUUCGUCAUCUCGCCCCUGCUGCUCAUUGCCAUCCUGGUGUGGUCUCUGGUGACCUUCACGACUCCCAGCUACGGCGACGUCGUCUACCCGGACUGGGCAGUGGCGCUCGGCUGGUGCAUGAUCUCCUUCAGCCUCAUGUGGAUCCCCGUCAUAGCCGCCUGGAAGAUGGCGCGGGCCAGCGGUGGGCCUUGGGAGCGAUUGAAAGCCAUCUGCAGGAGCGAGCCGGGCUGGGGCCCCCGGCUUGCCGAACACCGCACCGGACGCUACGCUCCCAUCGGCGCCACCACCGCCCCGAUCUACGAAAACUACUCAUCCACCGAGCCCAGCGAUGGGGUCAAGGGAGCGGCAUCGAUUGGGAGCACCUCCUCCUCUUCACCGGCGGCAGCAGCUGCAUCGUCGCCGACGAAACGGAGUCAAGACGAGGACUUCACGACGGCGCUAUGAGCUGCCCGUUCGUUCGUCUGCUCCUCGCUCGUUCACUCCUACACUCAGUUGUUCAUUCACUUUCACGCUCAUCCGCUGAUUCCCUUUCACGCUGA